AUGGGGAAAAAAUUGAAAAUCUUGUUUCUAACACUUGACGGUGUGGGCCAUAUAAAUGCGGCCAUAGGUAUGGCACAGAUAUUGAUCGAUGCGGGACACGAAUGUUGGUUCGGUAUCAAAAACCAGUGGACAGACUAUAUGGCACAGUAUGUCAACAUUAAAACAUAUGUAUGGCCAUUGUCUAUGACAGAUAAUAACGACAGUAGUAAUAGUAGUAGUAGUAGUGGUGUUGUUAUUGUUGAUAAGGUCGCCCAAUGGUUUAUGGAUCAGGGUAUUAUUGGCGAUCAAUUGACACCAAUAGAAAAAAUUAUAGUAUUUGGAAAAUGGAUCCAUUCAGGACAGGCCACCGAUGGAAAUGUAUUUGAUGUUGAGAUUGACAAAGCUAUACGUCGGGUGAAACCAGAUAUUAUACUAUGCGAUUUAUAUACUACAAUGGCAGCGGUAGUUAAAUCUCAGAUACCAUGGGUUAAGGUGUCCAGUAGUAAUCCACUAACAGUGCUCAAUGAUGAUAGGACACCACCGGCAAACUUUGGUUUGCCAACAAAUGGGUCUUACAAUGAGUGGACGCAAAUAAAAAUCAAAAUUGUUAGAGAAAUAAUUGGAAAAUUUAAAUUACCACUGCCAGACAAUUGGUAUCGUUUUGAUAACUUUAUGAGACAACACAUCAGUAGUGAACCGUUUGAAUUGCCGGUACAAUUGAGGGACAAACCGGGAAAAGUUAUAUACUUUUCAUUGGGAUCUAUGGGUGCGAUAGAUGUUACUAAUAUGAAACGAUUGAUUGCUAUAUUAGUAAAGUCUCAAAACGUAUUCAUAGUAUCAAAGGGACCGUUAGGUGAUGAGUACGAUCUACUGGACAAUAUGUGGGGUCAGCCAAGUGUACCGCAAACACAAGUCCUGCCAUUAGUUGAUUUGAUUAUAACUCACGGUGGAAACAAUACUAUUACUGAAUGCUUUUACUUUGGAAAGCCUAUGAUAGUUAUGCCACUGUUUGGCGAACAGUACGAUAACGCACAGAGAGUCCAUGAAAAAGGGUUUGGUAUACGACUCGAUGCCUACAAGUGCUCUGAAAAUGAGUUAUUGUUUGCCAUCGAAACACUUUUAGCAAACAAAUCAUUGGCAGAAAAAUUGCAAAAAAUAUCUCAAAGAAUUCAAACAGAAAACAGUUUAACAAAAUUACCGCAACUUUUGGAAACGAUUAUAAAAAUGAAAAUCUUGUUUGUGCCACUGGAAUCUACUGGCCAUAUAAACUCGGCCAUAGGUCAGGCACAGGUACUGAUCGGUGCCGGACACGAGUGUUGGAUUGUCGUCAGUAACCGAUGGCACGGGUCGGGCGAACUCGAGUCUAGCUAUGGCUUGAAAAUAUAUCAGUGGUUAAUACCGCAAAUCAUCGGUAAUGGUAUGACUACCAAUGAUAAUGAUGAUGAUGAUGAUGAUGGCAAUGUCAAAAGCGAUGCCCAAUUGUUUAUGGAGUUGGGUGUUAUUGGUGGCCAAUUGACUGCCAAAGAGAAACUGAUAGUUAUGGCAAAUGUAAUGAUUAGUAGAAAUAGUACGAUAGGAAAGAUUUACGACAACAAUGUUGGCCGUGCCAUAUGUCAGAUCAAACCAGAUGUCAUACUAUGCGAUCAGGUUAGACCAUUGGCGUCGGUAGUAAAAUCACAGAUACCAUGGGUGAUGGUGAGCACUUGUAAUCCACUAACAGUGCUCAAUGAUGAUAAGACACCGCCGCCACUAUUAGGUUUACCAACAAAUGGUUCAUUAGAUGAGUGGAAACAAAUUAAAAUUGAUAUAAUCAGAGAAAUAUUGGGAAAUUUUAAAUUCUAUCUUAAUAUUUAUGACUUUCCAUUGGAAUUGGAUUAUCAAGAUAUAAGACCACUGCCAGACAAUUGGUAUCGUUUUGAUAACUUUAUGAGACAACACAUCAGUAGUGAACCGUUUGAAUUGCCGAUACAAUUGAGGGACAAACCGGGAAAAGUUAUAUACUUUUCAUUGGGAUCUAUGGGUGCGAUAGAUGUUAAUAAUAUGAAACGAUUGAUUGCUAUAUUAGAAAAGUCUCCAAACGUAUUCAUAGUAUCAAAGGGACCGUUAGGUGAUGAGUACGAUCUGCCGGACAAUAUGUGGGGUCAGCCAAGUGUACCGCAAACACAAGUCCUGCCAUUAGUUGAUUUGGUUAUAACUCACGGCGGAAACAAUACUAUUACAGAAUGCUUUUACUUUGGAAAGCCUAUGAUAGUUAUGCCACUGUUUGUCGAUCAGUACGAUAACGCACAGAGAGUCGAUGAAAAAGGAUUUGGUAUACGACUCGAUGCCUACAAGUGCUCUGAAAAUGAGUUAUUGUUUGCCAUCGAAACACUUUUAGCAAACAAAUCAUUGGCAGAAAAAUUGCAAAAAAUAUCUCAAAGAAUUCAAACAGAAAACAGUUUAACAAAAUUACCGCAACUUUUGGAAAGUUUGGUCGAAAAUAAUCUUUUCAAACAAAAUACUAAAACUGACUCCAGUUGUCAAAUACUUUAA